AUGAAGUUGUGUUUGAUUGCUUUGUGUUUGGCUGUAGCUACGUGCAUUGAUGCUCAGGGGUUUCCUACAGCAAAAUGCCCUCCAGGCGAGCAUUCCGUCCUGUAUUGUCCAGAAAGAGCGGAACCAGACUGUGACAAUCCAACAGUCCACGACCUCAAGGGACCAGCUGCGUGUGGCCGACCUCAGUGCUUCUGCAAUACCCCGAAUGUCAGAAAUCUGAAAACUGGGAAAUGCAUACCUCUUUCGAAAUGCUAA